CGGCUCAGCUGUCUCGAAGCCAUCAACGCACCCAUCAGCAAGUUUUCCGUUGCAGCCUGUGAAAACGGAGGAGCGCGCCAGCAAGCGACACUCGAUGGAUUAUACAACGUAAAUCAAGAAAAAGGCUGUGUUGACGCCAAUCCGAACUAAAAAGGGAGAAAGAAAGCGCAUUACAGGUAACAGUUCAUUCAACCCGAGGUAAUACUGACAUUAUUCACCCAGACAUAUUAUAGGUCGUUUUAACAAGGGAAGAGUUGAAAUUGUCUGCUUGAUUGAUUUAUUCCUGAAUGUUGAAUUUCUACAAUCUGUCUAAUUAAGUAAACUAAGGAAAGUUCGAAUAUAACUUUGGUGCUGAAGCUGCCUACACUAUAGUUUAACUUUUCUGAAACGCCAAUAACUGUGAACAAAUUACCCUAGAAUAGUAUUUUAUGGAUUGGAAUAGCCAGCCACUGAAUGGGCUCUUGGCCAUAUGACCCACAUACAUCUCCUUAUUAACUGUGCCUGGAAGUGGAAAGUAUUGCACAUAAUUCAAUUCAGACCCUGGCCUUGUUCACUCAUUAUCAUUAGACUGUUAAAAUAGUUGUGCCUCCAAAGUGGAAUGUCACCUCUGACUGAGUCAGUCUUUCACAGUCAGUCACAGGGCUGACAUCACCCCACUCCCUCCAGCAGCAAGGCAACAAAGCUCUCAUUCACUAGAUUUGACUGUUUUCAGUUAAACUUAAGUGGCAUGCACAUUCUCCACUCCAAUUACAAGACAAGGGAAUCUGACAGUCAAUUGUCGUGGCUUUCUCAUUAUGUUUCUGACAUAUUUAUGCUUUUCUGGUUGUUUUGUGAUUUCCCACAUUCCUAGGGGGAUUUGUCUUGCUGUCCACAGAUGAAUUUUGAUCAGCCGCCUCCUUAUGGGGGCCCUGGCACCUCUGCCCCAGGAUACCCUGCCCCUACAGCACCUGGGUACUCUGCCCCCAUGGCCCCUGGAUACCAACCCCAGGGAUACCAACCCCAAGGGUUCCCAGAUCAGGGAUACCCAGCCCAGGGAUACCCUGCUCCGGGUUACCCACCAACAGAUCCAUCCUACUCUAACUUCCCCCCAGGACCCCCAGGUUUAUACCAAGGGCAGCCAGGUUACCAGGGUUACCAGAUGCCCCCUCAGCCACAGUUUGGAUGGCAGGAUACACCCCCUGGUGCACAAACGCAUGGAGAGGCCCCUAAGAACACAGGUGAGAUCUUGGAAUUAUGAAGCAGCUACGGAAAUGAGUGCAAAGAGUAACCCACUGACCCACUUUUGUCUGGCUGUGUAUCUGAAUAGAUGAUUGUAUACAGGGGUUAAAUUGGGAAUUCAGAGGUGGGGGAGCCCUAACUUGGGCAGGUUAAGCCAGGGUUGACUAUAAGACUAGGGGUUAGAGAUAGAUCAUAUGCCAAGAUUGGGGUUAGGGUUCUCUUUUGUUUUCGUAAUGGGUUGCCAAAUGACCUAUGGGAACUCCUUACCCUUCACACGAUGUGAUUGAGAUGCUUAAUAUCAAAGAUGUUUACAGUCACGCCACACCCUUACUGUACCCAUGUGACCUGUCACUAUAAAAGGUAGUGUGGCGUGACAUUCUGUCUUUCUUCAAGCUCACGUUUGUGUUUUACAUUACGAGAUUGCUAUUAAUCCCCUUCGGAUUACUUUCUUACGGAAUUACAAUUCUUCAACGGGUAGUUGAUUUUAAUAAAAUCAAAUCAAAUGUUAUUUGUCACAUGCGCCGAAUACAACAGGAGUAGACCUUACUGUGAAAUGCUUACUUACAAGCCCUUAACCAACAAUGCAGUUUUAAGAAAAAUAAGAGUUAAGAAAAUAUUUACUAAAUAAAGGAACAACCAAUAAAAUAACAAUAACGAGGCUAUAUACAGGGGGUACCGGUACCGAGUCAGUGUGCGGUGGUACAGGUUAGUCUAGGUAAUUGAGGUAAUAUGUACAUGUAGGUAGGGGUAAAGUGACUAUGCAUAGGUAAUAAACAGCGAGUAGCAGCAGCAUUAAAAAAGGAGACGCUCUUAUCCAGAGCGACUUACAGUUAGUGAGUGCAUACAUUAUAUAUUUGUAUUUUUUCAUACUGGCCCCCCGUGGGAAUCGAACCCACAACCCAUAUGGCUUGGGGGUAGAAGCUGUUAAGAAGCCUUUUGGACCUAGACUUGGCGCUCCGGUACCGCUUGCGAUGCGGUAGCAGAGAGAACAGUCUAUGACUAGGGUGGCUGGAAUCUUUGGCAAUGUUUAUGGCUUUCCUCUGACACUGCCUGGUAUAAAGGUCCUGGAUGGCAGGAAGGUUGGCCCCAGUGAUAUACUGGGCCGUACACACUACCCUCUGUAGCGCCUUGCGGUCGGAGGCCGAGCAGUUGCCAUACCAGGCGGUGAUGCAACCAGUCAGGAUGCUCUCGAUGGUGCAGCUGUAGAACUUUUUGAGGAUCUGAGGACCCAUGCCAAAUCUUUUCAGUCUCCUGAGGGGGAAUAGGCGUUGUCGUGCCCUCUUCACAACUGUCUUGGUGUGUUUGGACACCAACUCUCCCCCUCUCUCUUAUUAUUGUGCCUGCCCAUACAAGCUAACUUUUAUUGCAUUUUGCCAAGCAUUUCCAUCCUUGUGUGUUAGCUAGCUAGUUAGCUCCGGGUCUAUCCCAUUACCUCAGAAGUUAGCUCGUAGCUAGCUAGCUAAGUUAGCCACACAUACUUACCAUAGUUAGCUUGUGUUGUACCUGUAGUUUGCGCUUGUUGACCCGCAGGGUCGUGCCAGUCCCCGCUUACAUUUACAUUUUAGUCAUUUAGCAGACGCUCUUAUCCAGAGCGACUUACAGUUAGUUAGUGCAUACAUUAUUUUAUUUUUCAUACCCCCUGUGUGAAUCGAACCCACAACCCUGACGUUGCAAACGCCAUGCUCUAUCAACUGAGCUACAUCCCUGCCUUGACUGCCAUACCAGCCCGUUGAUCCAGCAUUACCACUCCCUCGCUUGGAGUUUUGCUGUGAUCACGGAGCUCAGCGGUGCUGUAGGCUACCGGUCCUCGCUUGACCGAGUCCACCAACGCAGAGACUGCCAGUUAGAUAGCUUCAUAUAGGCAGGUGUUUCGAGCCCGGAUACAUAUUUAGGCGGGAGUCUCGACCACGAAGCACGACGGGUCGGAGCCAACGGUAAGUAUAACUUUUUCUUGAUGCAUUCGAAGCCGAUACCGAGGCAAUCGAAGCAUAGACGAGACGCACUGAAACAAAAAGCUAUUUUAUUUGACAUUUUUCUUGGAACACACUUCUCUUAUGUGAAAAUCUGUUCUUUGCACACUGAUUCAGUGCUGUACACAGGAUGUCAUUCCACCCAUGUCAGCAGUGUGAAAAUCAACCAGUGGUGGAAAAAGUACCCAAUUACAUACUUGAGUAAAAGUAAAGAUACCUUAAUAGAAAAUGACUCAAGUAAAUGUGGAAGUCACCCAGUAAAAUACUACUUAAGUAAAUGUCUAAAGGUAUUUGGUUUUAAAUAUACUUAAGUAUCAAAAGUAAAUGUAAUUGCUAAAAUAUACUUAAGUAUCAAAAGUAAAAGUGCAUAAUUGGACCAUUUUCCUGUCCUGCUAAGCAUUCAACAUUUUAUGAGUACUUUUGGGUGUCAGGGAAAAUGUAUGGAGUAAAAUGUACAUAAUUUUCUUUAGGAAUGUAGUGAAGUAAAAGUAAAAUUUGUUAAAAAAUAUAUAAAUAGUAAAGUAAAGUACAGAUACUCAAAAAAACUACUUAUGUAGUGGCCUCCCGAGUGGCGCAGUGGUCUAAGGCACUGCAUCGCAGUGCUAGCUGUGCCACUAGAGAUCCUGGUUCGAAUCCAGGCUCUGUCGUAGCCGGCCGCGACCGGGAGACCCAUGGGGCGGCGCAUAAUUGGCCCAGCGUCGUCCAGGGUAGGGGAGGGAAUGGCCGGCAGGGAUGUAGAGCAUGGCGUUUGCAACGCCAGGGUUGUGGGUUCAUUUCCCAUGGGGGGCCAGUAUGAAAAAUAAAAUAAUGUAUGCACUCACUAACUGUAAGUCGCUCUGGAUAAGAGCGUCUGCUAAAUGACGUAAAUGUACUUUAAAGUAUUUUUACUGAAGUACUUUACACAACUGAAAACAACUCCCAGCCUCAGAUGAGCACACACUUUGCGUUCUUUGCUUGGGAGCUGAACAUGCUCAAGCGGCUGCACAGAGUAGCAGCUCUUGCACUCACUGUCAGAAAUUCAAACCAAGAGCAUUGAAAUCUUGUUUGUGGGCUUUAGGGGUGGAGCCUCUGGAUUCCCAUCAGAUGAGUCUGCCACACAGAUCAGUGAUCAUUCCAAACGCUCCAGGUCUAAUGACGGAUCUCCCUCCCCUUGUAUUUCGAUGCACUGAGAAGGGCUGGAGAUUAAGUCACUGGAAAGUCGUAUAGCAACCAUUGAGUCUGCCCUCAACCACAUCCUGGCCAGGCUUCCCCCGCCGGUACCAAACCCAACCCAUACCACUGAACAGAGUGUGGUUGUUGAAUUGGAUGACACUGACGUACUGUCCACUAGAGCUUCCCACUCUUAUGACACAGACUAUGAGCGCUCUGAUGAGGCUAGAGUUGUCCCACAGCUCUAGCAUCAUCCAGUCCCAGCCUGCCGGCCUGGCAGUGACGGUCAAAUAGAAAAUAUCCUUGUCUGAAAUGUUGAGAGGGUAAGCAGGAACCUCAACAUGGUACAUGCACCUACUGCCAUGGCAUCCACAUCGAAGUUUGAUUAAUUCAGUUCUUCAAAGAUUGAGAAAUCCAUCCCAUUGUUCAAAGACGUCGUGUGUGAGCUCCAAUGCACUUGGAGCACGCCAAAUGACAGAACCCCUGCCAUGCCAAGCAUAUGCACUCGCUUAGCUACAGUUCAUGGUGCAGAUGAGAAUGGUUUUGGCCAUUUCCUCCAUAUGGACAAAUAAUUUGCUUCGCUUGUUCUGCCUGCUUCUCUCUGUGACAGUUCAGACCAAGAGCUGCCUAAUAAAUGAUGCAGGGCAUCUGAUUGCUUCCUAUGCAGGAACAUGACAGCACUGCUUCAGCCGCUAGUCUUAGCAAUUUGGCAGCGAUACUUGCCUUCUAUCAGAAGGAGCUGCAGGAACGCCUCUCUGAUGAUGCUGAGACCAUGAAAGAACUGUCUACAGUUACAGACCUGCUCAUACAAUGCCUUCAGGGCAAUGCUCAGAUGGUUGGAAAUCUUUGGCAACACUGUGUGUUGCACGGCGCCACCUAUGGUUAGCGCAGGCCAAGCUCCCCAGCAAAGAGAAGGUUCCGCUCCUAGGUGUAACCAUAUCACCUGGCCAGACAUUUGGCCCAGCAGCGGCACACCACCUCCAAGUUUCUAAGGAGGACAGAGAAGCACAGAUGGAGAUUCAGCGUCUCAUUCCAAAGCCUAGAACGCAUCAGCCAGCAAACCAUAACCCCAGUCCCAGGGCCCCAUCUGGGAUGCCAAGAAACCAGGCUUGCUCCACAUGCGGCCAAUACAGCGCUGGUACAACAGACACAAAAGGGACAAACACAAAAAGCUGACAAUUUCAAUGAGUUGCUGGAGAGCAAUACAAUGGUGGUGCCUAGCACUUCAAACUCCCAGUGGAGUUCUCUUAGGCCCAGUUCACAACCGGGUGACUUUGACCACAGACACCUCCCUACAGUGAUGGGGAGCAGUCUUGAACCAGUCAGGGGUCCAUGGUGUAUGGUCAGCACCAUGGACAACAGCUUACAUCAACAUACUGGAGCUCAAGGUGGUUCAUCUUGCACUCCUCCCAGUACGGAGAGGACAACAUGUACUGAUAUGGACAGACAACACAACCGUGGUUGAACACAUCAACCGUCAGGGCGGACUAAGGUCAAUGGGACUACACCAGGUAGCAAGGGCGCUACUGCUUUGUGCAAACAGACACCUUACAUUCCUCAGAGCAAUACACCUGCUGGGGGUGGAGAAUCAGGCAGCAGACCUUCUCUCCAGAGGAGGCCCUCUUCCUUCAGACUGGACGAUACAUCCCACAGUAGUGGAGAUGAUCUGGGCGUGAUUCGAAAGGGCCAUUGCCGAUCUGUUCGCAUAGCAAGACUCAACCCAUAGUCUUAUGUGGUUCUCCAUAAAGGGUCCAGCAGCCCCACUCGGGGUUGAUGCCCUGUCAUACAACAGCCAAGGGAGCUGCUGUAUGCGUUUCCACCAAUUCCCUUACUCCAUCAGGUCUUGAGGAAGAUCAGUCUCGAGAGCGCGUCAGUUCUACUAGUUGAUCCACAUUGGCCACAGCAUCACUGGUUUUUAGAUCUUGUACAGCUAACAACCUCCCAACCAUGGGAACUCCCUCUUCGAGCGGACCUCCUGUCACAAGCAAAGCUAGCACCCCAAACCCAGCACACUGAAGUUGUGGAUGUGGCACCUGAACGUGACUGCCUUGUAGAUGCAGGGUUGCCCUCUUUGUUAAUUAAUAAAAUUCAGGCAGGCAGGGCAUCCUCUAUGCGAAACCUGUAUUCCUACAAGUGGAAUGUGUUCAGGAAGUGGUGUGCCGGCCAUGCAGAAUCGCCAUCUUCCUGCCCAAUUUCUGUCAUUUUGACUUUCCUCCAGGAGCUUAUGGUUGCAGGGAAGUCCCCAUCUACAUUGAAAGUGUGUACGGCAGCCAUCUCUAUGGGUCAUGACCAGGUUGCGGGUGCAUUACUAGGGGCACACCCUCUAUCGCAAUUCAUGAAAGGUGUCCUCAGGCUACGGCCCCCCAAGGCUCCUUCAGUACCCUCAUGGGAGUUAGAUGUUGUCUUACGAUCACUUAUGAGCCCACCAUUUGAGCCCCUGUCUUCACUUGAGCUAUGGGAGCUCUCAGUUAAGUCUGGUUUUCUAUUGGCUAUUGUUUCAGCCAAGCAUGUUGGAGAAUUACAUGCGCUUUCUACCCAUCCUUCAUGCCUCACUUUAGCAGAAGAUUGCUCUAAGGCAGUACUUUGGCCAAAUCCAACAUUCUUACCUAAGGUCCUUUCAUCAUCACAUGCUAACCAGCCCUUAAUCAUAGCUGCAUUUCACCCGCCUCCCCACUCCUCACAGGAGAGUUGUGAGUUGCAUACACUUUGCCCGGUUAUGGCAUUGAGUGCCUAUCUUGCUGCAACAAGAACUGUUUGUCAAACAAAACAGCUUUUUGUAUGUUAUGGCGAGAACACCAAAGGGCGCGCUGUCUUGAGGCAGAGACUGGCACAUUGGAUUACCAAUGCAGUGUCAAAAUCAUAUACUGCAGCAGGUAGACCAACUCCAGACGGCAGGGUUAUAGCCACUUCAUGGGCCACGUUCAGAGAUGCCUCUCUGGAUACUAUCUGUGCUGCUGCAAGUUGGGAAACACCCAUGACUUUCAUGAGGUACUACAGACUCAAUGUUAUGUCCACACCAUCAGUGGGGUCUGUGGUUCUGAACACGCACACUCUCUCAACCCAGAUACAGUAAGUGAGCAUACUGUGAACCUUGUACAUACCUAUCAACCAUCAGUGAGAUGGAUGUUCAAUACAGAGGCCGUCCACUCUUGGUGCUGUUGCACCCAAUUGAAGCCUGAUGUUGUAAGUUCUAGCUUUCAGCUUGCUCACAGUUGAAAUUCUGUUGGGUAAUUAUAAUCUGUUGCAUCCUGUGGUGGAUACAAGGACGACCCAGUUAAAUGGACUAAGUUAAAUGGUGAGUUAUCCCACUCUGUUGUCCAAACAACCUCUUUGGUACAGCCACUUCCGUAGGUCGUUUGCCGACCCGUUAUAAAAACGAAAGAGAAUGUUGGGUUACGGAUAUAACCUUGGUGCUCUGAGUAGAGUAACAGGUCGCCAAACUUUCAUGUUGUUCCUCCACCUCCGUGGGGUUCGAGUGAAGUAAUAGACAGUAUUACAGCAGGUAGCUUAGUGGUUAAGAGCGUUGUGCCAGUAACCGAAAGGUUGCUGGUUCUAAUCCCCGAGCCGACUAGGUGAAACAUCUGUCUGUGCCCUUGAGCAAGGCACUUAACCCUAAUUGCUCAUGUAAGUCGCUCUGGAUAAGAGCGUCUGCUAAAUGACAAAAAAUGUUUAAAAAAUAAUGUUAAAAAAAUGUCACGAUACACCGCCUUUUAUAGUGACAGGUCACGUGAGUACUGUGUGGCAUGGCUGUAAACAUCUUUGAUAUUUAGCAUCUCAAUCACAUCGCAUGAAAGGAAAGGAGUUCCCAUAGGUCGUUUGGCGACCCGUUACUCUACUCAGAGAACCAAGGUUACAUCCGUAACCCAACGUUAUCACAAGCUUAGGGUUAGGUUAACCCUAACCUUUUUUUAUCAUACUCUUAUUCUACUUUUCUCUUUGGACCCGUAAGGUGCUGGCUUUCCUUUUCAGCUUUUUUUUUUCUGGAUCAAAAUGGUUGUGGGCGUGUUGUGGCGUGACAGUGGGCGUGGCCAAUGGCGUCGUCAACGACCAAAAAUGUUUGAGGCCCACCUGUUUGCAGCAAUGACAAAAUGUUGCUGUUGUAAAGAUAUUUUCUUGCAAUCUAUACAUUUUGCCAUUGGGCGGAGAUAACAUUUUGCAGUUUUAAACCUAAUUUCCUGCAAUUCUACACAUUUUACAAUGGGGGCUGAGAUAAAAAAUUACAGUUUUAAAACUAAUUUCUUGCAAUUCUACACAGCUUGACAUGGGGCUGAGAGAACAUUUGCAGUUUUAAAGCGACAUUAUAUAUACAAAAGUAUGUGGACACCCCUUCAAAUUAGUGGAUUCGGCUAUUUCAGCCACACCCAUGCUGACCGGUGUAUAAAAUAGAGCACACAGCCAUGCAAUCUCCAUAGACAAACAUUGGCAGUAGAAUAGCCUUACUGAAGAGCUCAGUGACUUUCAAUGUGGCACUGUCAUAGGAUGCCAGCUUUCCAACAAGUCAGUUCAUCCAAUUUCUGCCCUGGUAGAGCUGCCCCGGUCAACUGUAAAUGCUGUUAUUGUGAAGUGAAAACAUCUAGGAGCAACAACGGCUCAUCUGCGAAGUGGUAGGCCACACAAGCUCACAGAACAGGACCGCCGAGUGCUGAAGCGCGUAAAAAUCGUCUAUCCUCGGUUGCAACACUCACUACCGAGUUCCAAACUGCCUCUGGAAGCAAUGUCAGCACAAGAACUGUUCGUCGGGAGCUUCAUUAAACGGGUUUCCAUGGCCGAGCAGCCGCACACAACUCUGGAGCAGUGGAAACGCGUUCUCUGGAGUGAUGAAUCAUGCUUCACCAUCUGGCAGUGCGACGGACAAAUCUGGGUUUGGCGGAUGCCAGUAGAACACUACCUGCCCGAAUGCAUAGUGCCAACUGUAAAGUUUAGUGGAGGAGGAAUAAUGGUCUGGGGCUGUAUUUCAUGGUUUGGGUUAGGCCCCUUAGUUCCAGUGAAGGGAAAUCUUAACGCUACAGCAUACAAUGACAUUCUAGGCGAUUCUGUGCAUCCAAGUUUGUGGCAAUAGUUGGGGGAAGGCCCUUUCCUGUUUCAGCAUGACAAUGCCCCCAUGCACAAAGCAAAGUCCAUACAGAAAUGGUUUGUCGAGAUCGGGGUGGAAGAACUUGACUGGCCUGCACAGAGACCUGACCUCAACCCCAUCGAACACCUUUGGGAUGAAUUGGAACGCCGACUGCGAGCCAGGCUUAAUCACCCAACAUCAGUGCCUGACCUCACUAAUGCUCUUGUUCCUGAAUGGAAGCAAGUCCCCACAGCUAUGUUCCAACAUCUUGUGGAAAGCCUUCCCAGAAGAGUGGAGCAGCAAAGGGGGGACCAACUCCAUAUUAAUGACCAUGAUUUUGUAAUGAGAUGUUCGACGAGCAGGUGUCCACAUACUUUUGGUAAUGUAGUGUAAUUUCCUUAAAUGUUACACAUUUUGCCAUGACUUAUGCUAUCUGAGUUACUCAAACAUUAUAACAAAAUCAAGAAAGGGGAUAACUAGUCAGUUGCACAUCCAAAAUGUUUAUUCUGCAUUUAACCCAACCCCUCUGAAUCAGAGAGGUGCGGGGGCUGACUUAAUCGAUGUCCAAGUCAUCGGCGCCCAGGGCCCCAUACCAUGACAAAAAUAAGGGCCCCGUACCAUGACAAAAAUAAGGCCCCAUACCAUGACAAAAAUAAGGCCCCAUACCAUGACACAAAUAAGGGCCCCAAACCAUGACAAAAAUAAGGCCCCAUACCAUGACAAAAAUAAGGCCCAUACCAUGACAAAAAUAAGGGCCCCAUACCAUGACAAAAAUAAGGGCCCCAUACCAUGACAAAAAUAAGGGCCCCAUACCAUGACAAAAAUAAGGGCCCCAUACCAUGACAAAAAUGAUCCUGAAUGCAUCAUUUUGGGGAAUUUUAGACUGUCUAGCUUUUAUUUUGGUGAUUGUUAGUACUCAAAGAUGAUCUCAUAAAAAAAUAUAUAGGCCCAUUAUCUUCUCUACGUUCUUUACAUUGAGUGUACGAAACAUUAGGAACACCUGCUCUUUCCAUGACAUAGACUGACCAGGUGAAUCCAGGUGAAAGCUAUGAUCCCUUAUUGAUGUCACUUUUAAUCAGUGUAGUAUCCACUUCAAUCAGAGUAGAUGGAGAGGAGACAGGUUAAAGAAGGAUUUUUAAGCCUUGAUACAAUCGAGACAUGGAUUGUGUAUGUGUGCCAAUCAGAGGAUGGAUUGGCAAGACAAACAUUUUUUGUGCCUUUUGAACGAGGUAUGGUAGUAGGUGCCAGGCGCACUGGUUUGUGCCAAGAACUGUAACGCUGCAAGGUUUUUCAAGCUCAACAGUUUCCCGUGUGUAUCAAGAAUGGUCUUCCACCCAAAGGACAUCCAGCCAACGUGACACAACUGUUGGAAGCAUUGGAGUCAACAUGGGCCAGCAUCCCUGUGGAAUGCUUUCGACACCUUGUAGAGUCCAUGCUCCGGCGAAUUGAGGCUGUUCUGAGGGCAAAAGAGGGGGCAACUCAAUAUUAGGAAGGUGUUCCUAAUGUUUGGUAUACUCAGUGUAUAUUUUGUUUUAGUUCUUUAAGUUUACACUGAAAAAGGUUUUCCAUCCCGAAAAAUAUUGUCUAAUUUCUAUGUCUCUGUUUGGAUUUAGGCGGCCCAUAAAAUAAAUAUUAGGCAGCUCACCCAAUACUUUUCUAUUCAGAAAAACCCUGCCUUUGACCCAAGGAGCAGGAGCCUGGUUUUGUGAAGCUGAGGCACAACUUAACCACUGCCUGUACAUAGUAUGAAGAAAAAAUAUAUAUAUGUAUGCACUCACUAACUGUAAGUCGCUCUGGAUAAGAGCGUCUGCUAAAUGACUGAAAUGUAAAUGUAAAUACAGUAUACAUUGGGGAAAAAAGUAUUUAGUCAGCCACCAAUUGUGCAAGUUCUCCCACUUAAAAAGAUGAGAGGCCUGUAAUUUUCAUCAUAGGUACACGUCAUCUAUGACAGACAAAAUGAGAAACAAAAUUCCAGAAAAUCACAUUGUAGGAUUUUUACUGAAUUUAUUUGCAAAUUAUGGUGGAAAAUAAGUAUUUGGUCAAUAACAAAAGUUUCUCAAUACUUUGUUAUAUACCCUUUGUUGGCAAUGACACAGGUCAAACGUUUUCUGUAAGUCUUCACAAGGUUUUCACACACUGUUGCUGGUAUUUUGGCCCAUUCCUCCAUGCAGAUCUCCUCUAGAGCAGUGAUGUUUUGGGGCUGUCGCUGGGCAACACGGACUUUCAACUCCCUCCAAAGAUGUUCUAUGGGGUUGAGAUCUGGAGACUGGCUAGGCCACUCCAGGACCUUGAAAUGCUUCUUACGAAGGCACUCCUUCAUUGCCCGGGCGGUGUGUUUGGGAUCAUUGUCAUGCUGAAAGACCCAGCCACGUUUCAUCUUCAAUGCCCUUGCUGAUGGAAGGAGGUUUUCACUCAAAAUCUCACGAUACAUGGCCCCAUUCAUUCUUUCCUUUACACGGAUCAGAAGUCCUGGUCCCUUUGCAGAAAAACAGCCCCAAAGCAUGAUGAUUCCACCCCCAUGCUUCACAUUAGGUAUGGUGUUCUUUGGAUGCAACUCAGCAUUCUUUGUCCUCCAAACACGACGAGUUGAGUUUUUACCAAAAAGUUCUAUUUUGGUUUCAUCUGACCAUAUGACAUUCUCCCAAUCCUCUUCUGGAUCAUCCAAAUGCACUCUAGCAAACUUCAGAUGGGCCUGGACAUGUACUGGCUUAAGCAGGGGGACACGUCUGGCACUGCAGGAUUUGAGUCCCUGGCGGCGUAGUGUGUUACUGAUGGUAGGCUUUGUUACUUUGGUCCCAGCUCUCUGCAGGUCAUUCACUAGGUCCCCCCGUGUGGUUCUGGGAUUUUUGCUCACCGUUCUUGUGAUAAUUUUGACCCCACGGGGUGAGAUCUUGCGUGGAGCCCCAGAUCGAGGGAGAUUAUCAGUGGUCUUGUAUGUCUUCCAUUUCCUAAUAAUUGCUCCCACAGUUGAUUUCUUCAAACCAAGCUGCUUACCUAUUGCAGAUUGUCUUCCCAGCCUGGUGCAGGUCUACAAUUUUGUUUCUGGUGUCCUUUGACAGCUCUUUGGUCUUGGCCAUAGUGGAGUUUGGAGUGUGACUGUUUGAGGUUGUGGACAGGUGUCUUUUAUACUGAUAACAAGUUCAAACAGGUGCCAUUAAUACAGGUAACGAGUGGAGGACAGAGGAGCCUCUUAAAGAAGAAGUUACAGGUCUGUGAGAGCCAGAAGUCUUGCUUGUUUGUAGGUGACCAAAUACUUAUUUUCACCAUAAUUUGCAAAUAAAUUCAUAAAAAAUCCUACAAUGUGAUUUUCUGGAUUUUUUUUCCUCAAUUUGUCUGUCAUAGUUGACAUGUACCUAUGAUGAAAAUUACAGGCCUCUCUCAUCUUUUUAAGUGGGAGAACUUGCACAAUUGGUGGCUGACUAAAUACUUUUUUUCCCCACUGUAUGCAUAAAUCAACUAUUUUUAUAGAAAGGAUAAUGCUUGCUUUCAUUAUUCUUGAUGACUAGUUGAGGUGCAGAACUGUCAGUGAUAUUUGUAGAGUAGGCCAGUACAACUCAAUGAACACUAAUAUAUAAUUUUCCCAGCAUGGAGACAGUCUGGGCCAGGCAAUCUCUGGCUUUGUGACGAGGCCAAAGUGAUUAAAUGGCUUUGAAUGCUCAUAGGCAUGAAAUUCAACUUAAUCACGCCACCCAUUGAAGGGAUAUGACACUAAUGGCAGAACUGCUGGCUUGAUCCAUUUUCCUUCGGUCCCUGCCUCUGACAGUGGUCACCCCUAAUCAAUGUAGUUCCACUCAGUGGGAGUCUGAUCAGACCCCAGGGGCAUCCAAUUCCAGCUCCCAGUCUAAACCCAUCUCUCUCUUGCUGGAAGUGAGGGUUUGUGGGUCUGCCCACACAUUGACUAUACUAGUGCCUGGACAGUAAUACGAAUUCAUGUCUGAUAGUUAAUGAGUGUCGUAACAUGGAGUGGCCUAGCUCUUGCCAAUUACUGGUGUAAGUGUCUAAAUACUGGACACAAGCUUUUUGUUUUUCCAACAUUAUGAACAUGCAUGUGUGUCAGUGGAGGCUGCUGAGGGGAGGAUGGCUCAUAAUAAUGGCUGGAACGGAAUCAAUGGAAUGGCAUGGAACACCUGGAAACCAUGUGUUUGAUGUAUUUAAUACCAUUCCACUCCAGCCAUUACCACGAGCCUGUCCUCCCCAAUUAAGGUGCCACCAACCUCCUGUGAUGUGUGUAGAUAAGAGGGACUGGGAAUACAGCGUUGAAUAACUUCUCUUUGUCUUCGUCUCUAUCAGUGUAUGUGGUGGAGGACAGGAGUCGAGAUGGCGGAGGGGAGCACGCCUGUCUCACGGCCUGUUGGACGGCCCUGUGCUGCUGCUGUUUGUGGGACAUGAUGACCUGAUCACUGAGCCUGACGAGACGAGACGACCUCACCAUGUCCUCCCCAGAGAAAUCUACCACGGUGUAAAACCGUCUGGAAGUUUUAACUGAUCUUUUACUUCCUGUCUCGUUGUCUUAUUUGUUGUAACUUUAUUAUGCUUGCUAAAUUAUUGCACACAUGACUUUGUACAUCAUACGCCAACUAAAAACCUAGCCUGAACACUCAAAGUACUAAAGCUAACUUUCGUUUUUUUUAAUAUUGACACGUCUUCACCGAAGAAAAAUGUAUAUUUAAAAAAAAAAUCAGUUUAAUUAUUAACAGUUUAUAUUGAAUUAUAUUUGUUUGUUUUUCAUAUUGAAGAUGUUGGAAAAUUAAGUUUCUCUUUCAUCCCCUCCUUUUAAAUAUUUGCUUUUCAUGGUAAAGAACUAGACUGAACAAAAAUAUAAACGCAACAUGUAAAGUGUUGGUCCCAUGCUUCAUGAGCUGAAAUAAAAGAUCCCCGAAAUUUUCCAUACACACAAAAAGCUUAUUUCUCUCAAAUGUUGUGCACAAAUUUGUUUACAUCCCUGUUAGUGAGCAUUUCUCAUUUGCCAAGAUAAUCCAUCCACCUGACAGGUUUGGCAUAUCAAGAAGCUGAUUAAACAGCAUGAUCAUUACACAGGUCCUCCUUGUGCUGGGGACAAUAAAAGGCCACUCUAAAAUGUGCAGUUUUGUCACAACACAAUGCCACAGAUAUCAAGUUUUGAGGGAGCAUGCAAUUGGCAUGCUGACUGCAGGAAUGUCCACCAGAGAACUGAAUGUUAAUUUCUCUACCAUAAGCCGCCUCCAAUAUUGUUUUAGAGAAUUUGGCAGUACGUCCAACCAGCCUCACAACCGCAGACCACGUGUAAUCACGCCAGCCCAGGACCUCCACAUCUGGCUUCUUCACCUGCGGGACAAUCUGAGACCAGCCACCCAGACAGCUGAUGAAACUGAGGAGUAUUUCUGUCUGUAAUAAAGCCCUUUUGUGGGUGGGGAAAAACUCAUUCUGAUUGGCUGGGCCUGGCUCCCCAGUGGGUGGGUCUAUACCCAUGGCUGCGCCCCUGCCUAGUCAUGUGAAAUCCAUAGAUUUGGGCCUAAUUUAUUUAUUUAAGUUGACUGAUUUCCUUAUAUGAACUGUAACUCAGUAAAAUCGUUGAAAUUAUUGUAUGUUGCGUUUAUAUUUUUGUUCAGUAUAUGUAAGAUAACUAGGGAACUUCAUUUUUCUCCACAAAAUAAGUUUAAUAAUUCAGACAACAGACUUUACUUGUAGUAGUUAGUCAAAGGAGUUACUGCAGUUAAAACCAGUUAUAGCUAGCUUAUAGGUUUACAGCACCGGAGGUUGGUGGCACCUUAAUUGUGGAGGAUGGGCUUGUGGUAAUGACUGGAGCGGAAUAGGUAUAAUGGUAUUAAAUACAUCAAACACAAUUUUCCAUGUGUUUGAUGCCAUUCCAUUGAUUCCGUUCCAGCCAAUAUUAAGAGCCGUCCUCCCAUCAGCAGCCUCCAAUGGUUUACAGUUAGAGCUAUACUAUACACAUUUAAAUAUGUGCCUUUUAGCUGUGUGUUUUAGUCAGGGGCCUAGGUUUGCACAACUUAUUUUGGGCAGUGCUUCUCACCCCUCUGGCUUAACGCUCUCAUGUGGGUUGAGUGUGGGGCCAAGGAGGUCUGUGAUUCUAUUUCUGAAAGGUCAUUCUGUGAGUUGAGAUUUGAGCCCUGUUUAUACCUGGUGCUAACAUGUGUCCUGUGUCCUGAUCUUGUCCACAUUCUGAUCAGCAUCAGUUAUUUUAAUCAUCUACACCUGUCUAAAAAUGUGGGCCCAAUCAGAAUGUGGAAAAGAUCAGGACACAUGUUCGCACCAGGGUAUAAACAGGGCUUUGGACAGGGAGCAGUGAGUUUGAUCUGAAAAUAGCUGCAAAGGGGGAGGUGUAAGUCGUUCAGAACAACAGUCCGGACUGCUGAGUAUCUCUGCUUACCCCUGUUCUAUAGCGGUAGAUGAUUCUAAGGUCAUGGAGGGGCUCAGCCCUAUGUCAUGUCAAUGGAGAUGUUAAUGAUUACAUCUGCUUGUUAGCUUGGAGUCCCAACCUCACACUUCACUGCAGUACUCCAGUCUUUCAUAUACAUUAGUGCCGGAGGGUCAAAGAUGCUUCUGGCAGGUGCCAAUUAAAAUUGUACACAUAACCUGGGAGCAAUGAGAACCCACUGCAGAAGAGGUUUGCCUCCAAUGACCUCAAUUUGAAUAAUACAAUACCUGCCUUUAAUAUACAUUUACCUCAGUACUACAAAGGAAGCCAAUUUUACCUGUCAAUCAGUAUUUGACAGAUUAAAUUGCUUUGAUUUAUUCACAAUUUGCUUAAUUUAGGCUAAUGACAAAAAUACUGUAAGUGCUCAAUGGAGGUUGAGGGUAGGUAGUUCCCAAAUAGUCUCCCAAAUGACCCUCAGGAAAGCACGUCGAUUCACAGCUGCUUGCUGAAAGUGGAAAAAUAAGUUCAUAUAACAUGAAAAAACACGUUUAUUCUGAUAAACCUUCCACAUAAUCCUCGUCCUAGUGUAAAGAAUGUUUCAUGAUACCUAUUCAUGUACAUAUUGACAUCCAUACUGUGGUUCUUCACAGUGAAAAUCUAAUUUUACAGAUAUGGUUGGUUACAGAGAUGCCACUAGGUAAAAAAUGAAUUCAAAGCAGUUUAAAAGGGGAUGUUUGAGUUUUGGCAAUCAAAUGUAAUAAGAUCAGUAUGUAAACAUCCCUUCUAUGGAUCUUCACAGAACAAUAGUUAAGCCACCUUUGAGAAAUGUACAAAUUAGACAGCUUUCAGGACAUGGGUCUCUGUUGCUGAAUGAAUGUGAAUGUACACAUUUAACUUGGUAAUGUAUAGGAGAAACAGGUUUCACAGUUGUAAAGACUAAAAAAUGUAAACAAUAGAAAAACACAACAUACACCAUAUUUUAGGUAGCCCUUUACUUGACACCCAGUGUCAUAACCUGUCAUAACCUGUCAUAAUAUGGUCAAAACACUGUCAUUUGUCUUGUCCUGCUCCUGAAAUCUGCUCCUGCAUUCAUCCCAGUCAUCAGCAACAGAUCAUCAGGGUAGGUGCAUGUCUGACAUCAAUGUGUGCGCAAUUACAAUGAUAAUUGAAUAUGGUCAAUUUAAAACAAAUGUUAUAUAACAAACAUACUGUUGACAUAUAGGCUAUGGUGUAAUGGAAUGUUUUGCCUUGUGUGGUAGGUUUGGUGGGUUUUGACACUUGUAGGUGUCAUAACCAGCCAUAAGAUAAUGCAAUAUAUGUCACAAUAGGUCUAAAUAUGUGUCAUGACAGUGUUAUGACCAUAUUAUAACAGGUUAUGACAAGUUAUGUCAGAUGUUAUGACAUAUUAUGACAUGGCUAUGACCGUUUAAUAAUGUGUUAUGAUGCGGGUAUCAAGUAAAGUGUUACCAUAUUUGAUCUGUAAUAUGUCUUGGGCUGCAAAUUUAAAUAAAAAAAUGUGAAUUGAGAAUACUUUAAUAUAUAUAUAUAUAUUUUAAAAGACAUAUUUCAUCCUCAAUACAAAUUCUUCAUGAUUGUCAUAUAGUGCAAACAAAAAGAGCAAGAAAAAACAACUAUCCUUUGAUUCCAUUUGUAUUUUUCUUGAAAUUGUGAGAGAUGGUUUCCUGACUUAUCUUGGAUAAGUCAACAGGAGUGCCCAAGUGAAUGUCUUGUUUCAAAGUCUACAGCACAGGAACAUACAAAUCUACAUAUAUGUCAUAUCCUCAAUCGCUGUUGUUAAAUUAAACCAUAUUUUACUAUGUACUCUGAAUGAAGAACAAUUGAGCAUCCUUAAACAUUGCUCAUGGUUAUGAUGGUGUUGGCAAGUGAUGGCUCUAUGUUCUUCAGAUAGUGGCCUGAGACAGUUCAAGAGUUGUUUAGCCAUUAGAAAUAAAAGCCUUGACUGUGUUGUCAUUGUCAGUGCUGUGCAGGAUUCGUCUGAUAAGCUGUUGGAAUAGCAGUUAACCUCAUUGGCAUCAAUACCAAUCCCUCAAAAAAGAGUGACACAUAUUUUCUAUUUUUUCCCUCAUAAAAAAGUCAGUACAGUUCAUAUCAUCAGUAGUUAAGGGUGCUUUUUCAAAUCAUAGUCUGAACUCAUUCAGGCGUUGUUUUUGCCUUCAGCAAGACAUCGGUUUUGUGAGAUUGUGUCCUCUCAGAUGCGCCUGCAGCACUGUCAGGGAAACCCCAUGUUUACUCUCCCUAGGAGAUGAAGUAUCAGAGGGGCUGUGUUGUGUUGUACUCUGUUACCUCCUGCCCAUCUCGUUCUGUCUGAGGAACUGGAUGUUGCUGCUGCUGUCUGCCAGUUCUGGGUACUGCUCCACAGGCAGCACAUAGUACCCAUCGUAACCUGGCACCUUCCCUGCUGCCAGGAGCUGCUGCCGCUCUCCCUCUGCCCACAGCCUCCCUCCCUCUCUGCUCUCUCUCAGAGACUGCUGCUCCCUCAUCCAGGCCCCCGACAGGGCCCUCUGGUGGGCUUGCUCCAGCAGGCGACCCCGCUCCUUCUCCAGCACGUCAGCCGCCAGGCCGUAACGUACACUCAGGGACAACGCUACCGUGUGGAUCUCCACGGUGACGCCCCGACGAGAGCGCCCGCUGACGGUCACGUUGACGCCAUUCUCCAGGGCUUUCCUCCCACUGCUCAGCCCCAGAGACAGCAGGUCACUGUCAGCCAGGCCCAGCUUCACAAAGAAGUGGCAGUCCUUCCCGUCUAUGGUGUAGUGGGUUCCCUCCAGAUAGAUGGCGUUGUUCAGGACUUGGGCCACCUUACGGCUGUCCUCACUGGCCAGGCCGGACACUCCCGUCACCACAUGGCCCUCCUUAAUGGCCAGCAUCAUGCCCCGGCCCACGAUGGGGAUCUUCGUGCCGAACCAGUACCCAGGCUUGUCCCGUUUGGCCCGGCGCUCCUUGUUGAGCAGCCUCCCCUCCAGGGCCAUGAAGGCCUGGUUGUGGCGCUCUGCUGCAUGCUGUACCCCUGUGAUCAGCUGGAGACAGAGCAGAGGGUCAGCCAGUCACUUGAUUGUUUUGUUUAAAUUAAUAAACAUAAAAUACAUGGAGAUUUGCCUGUGUAGUCCCAGUAAUCAGUAGCUCAAAUACGUAUUUGAUAAAUAACUCACCUGAGCAGUCUCACAGUCCUGGCUUGCCAAUAGUUCAUAAGGCGGGUCAACAAAAUACAUGGGGUGUCUGGGGAAGCCUGGUAUGAUGUUACUGAGCUGGAAACCAAACAUCACCAGCCAGCUCUUCACAUCUGCAAAAUAGGGCAAGCGUAUUAAUGAAUUAAAACAUGUCAAGAUGUCAUAACAACAUACUUACAGUACCUUACUUGAUGGAUCUUUUUUCAUAACAGGUCAAAAAAAAAGCUAACACAAUCAUCCUUACCUGUCACAUAGCUCUUGAUGUCUAUCAUAUCACUGAGUGGGUUGUUGUUCUUGAACAUGUACAGAUUGAACGGGGACGGCUCCUUGCCAAUUUUAGGUAGGAGUUUAUGGUCUGGAGCAGUCCAUCUGCCUGCCAGCACAUCGUAGUCCCUCUGGCCAAAGUGCACCAGCUUGGUGAGUGGGUCGUAGAGCCCCCCGUGGAAGCCCACCACCAUGUUGAAGUCAGGGUUGGAGUCGUGGUACACCUCCCCGUAGGCAGUGUACUGGAGCUGCUUGACCAUCUGUCCGUUGCUGCUGAAGACGGCGAGCGGCGUGCCCGUGUUGUCCGAGGCGAUGUAGUACUCCUCCCCGCCGGUCACCUCCAUGGCAAACAGAUGGCCCUGCAGGUCGUAGUAGAAAGAGGUGAUCUCCCCUCCAGAGUGGUUGUACACGUGGGUUGAUCCUGCCGGGGUAGUUGAGAUCUGCGUAGAAGAACUGCAGGUGCUCUCCCUCGUUGGUCUUCCUGGAGACGCGGCGGCCCAGGCCGUCGUAGCGGUAGCGGACGCUCCACCCCCCCGGUGUGCGGCUGUACGCCUGCUCCAGCAGCCCGUUGGAGUUGUAGAUGAAGACGUCGGCGCCACGCUGGCUCAGGACACCGUCCUCAUCCACGCGGUACUGCAUGUCGCCCAGGCGGGUGAUGCGGUCGCGCAGGUCGUAGCGCAGCGGCAGCAGGCGGGCGCUGUUCCCAGGGUUCAGCAGGUGCAGGUUGCCGUUCAGGUCGUAGCUGUAGCGCCAGGUGGACCAGUCGUUGACUUUGACCCCGACAAGCUGUCCGUCCCCGUCGUACUCAUAGCGGUACUGUGUUGUGUUAGCAUACGGCCCGAUCUUCAGCUCUCUCUUGAUGACCCGGCCCAUGCUGUCAUACUGUACCGUCAUCCAGUACAUGAGCGAGCGGAAGAUCUCGUACUGCACCUCUUUGAUGCGGCCGUGGGCGUCAAAGUGCUUGCUGAGGGUCAUCACUGCCGUGGUGAUUAUCUGAUUAACGUCAUAGUAGAUAAUGCCAAACUUGCCAAAGUGCUCCACCUUGCCUGAGAUGUCAUCGUAGCGGUAGAGGUCCACGGGCAGGGGCGUCUCGCCGAUCACAGGCUUGAUGCUGGCCACACGGAAGCUGUUAUCGUGGUAGGUGUAGUCAAAACGGGCGUUGACCAUGCCCUCCUCAGAGAAGCGGUACAUCUGUUUGUCCACUAGGGGGCCUACUUUACGGUAUCGGAUGGUGCAGGAGAAUCCCCCACUCUGCAGGUUAACCAUCUUCAACACUCCGGCUGUCUCGUCGUAGCCGAACGUCACAGCUGUGCCGUCGUACAGAACCUCAGACAGCUUGGCCAGCUUGCCAUACUUAUAGAUGACGCUUCGACCCGUGCCCAGGUAAAAAGUGGCACGGGGUCGUCCGUCUUCGCUGAAGUCGUGGAUGACGGUGGCGUUACUCUCGGGAGGGUUGUAGAUGUUGCGGAUGUAGCCGAUGGACACGUGGGUGGACAUGGUGUGUCUGGCCAUGCUGGGCAUGGUGACAGAGGUGAGACGCCCUGAGGUGUCAAACUCAAACACAUACUGCCUCUGACUCUGCUGGAGGAGCAGCACCAUGGACUGGGGAGGAAGAAAGAGAAUAACUUCAAACAACAAAACUCAGGGACAGGCAAGAGUAAAAACUCUGUUCCCAGGCAGCUUACAGCACACACACAGACACAUCCAGUAGUAUAGCAGAAUGCCUCACCUUAUCCAGAUAGCUGAAGCGCCAAACCUUCCCGUCCACAAAGGUGCGUGAGAGGAUGCGUCCGAAGGUGUCAAACUCGCUCCUCUGGCUCAUGCUGCCUCUCUGCAGGCCCACCAGGUGUCCGGUGGGGGAGUAGGACACGUUGACCACAGCCAGGCUGCUGCUGGGAAGCCAGGUGGCUGGACGGCCCUGCUGGUCGUACAUGAUCCUCAGCGUGAACUUGCGGUGGUCGUCAUAAAUCUUCUCUGUGCGAGUGUUGCGGUCAAAAUCAAUGGAGAGGAGGUUCCUGCCAUGGGCCUGUGCAGAGUGUGAGGGAGGACAUACAGUAGGUACAGUCAGGUCAAAAAUGGUUGGCACCUGACUGUACAUGAGACAUGAGAGGAAGACAUCCUAAGCCUGUAAAACCAUUUGCAUUCUGAUAAAAUAGGAUGUUUUUAUGGGUGAAAAACUCAAUUUCCUCUCUUUUGCUAACUAGCAAUGCUAGUACAAGCAGAGCUGGCUGUGUAUCAUAUAUAGUUAAAAACAACAAUAUUACUCUCCAAAUCCUAUAUUUUAGCUCUAUUUUCCUUCUCAGUGACACAUGCUACCAUACAGAGAGGGACUUCAGUUUGACAGAGAGCAAGCUGCAUUGAUUAAAAAACCUCCAGAAAUGGAUUGACAUUAGAGACUGAGCACUUUAAGUGCAUUGUGUCCAGCUUACCCUCAGCUUCCUGCCAUAGACGGUCACUUUGCUCUUGAUGAGUUCCUUCCUCAUCCUCCACUCGAUAGAGUUCAGCCCGCUGUCGGUGGGCAGACUGAUGUUGCGCUGACCAAUGGUAGGGCUGACUGAGCCGGCUAGGAUAUGGGGCUCUGUGUGGAAGCUGAGGCCCAUGCCAUUGGCAUACGAUACUCUCAGAGUACCAUUGUAACAGAACUGGUAGUUGUUCCGUACUUGGUCUGCAGGGGGAGCAGCACACACACACACACACACACACACACACACACACACACACACACACACACACACAGGUUGGAUUAGAAGUGAGAAACUGAGGGCACGUUUUAUUACAGAGAAGACAUUACAUUUGAUCUGAUUGAAUGCUCUGCAUUAGGGGAAAUGCGGUCUCUGGGGCUGGAUCUGUGUACUUUUCUCCCAGACAAUAACAAGUAUCCUCUCUCAUAAUGACAUGACCAAAGAUAAGAGGGUUUUUAGUCUCAGCAAAAUGCAGAACAUGAGACUUUUAUUCCAUUUAUAUGCAGUAAUGAGAUCAUGUACUACAUUUGAGGAGGAAAGGUACCUGGAAGCAAAAUAAUCCAUGGAGUUUAACGCGGGAAACUUCCCGAACACGUCUAACCAGACAAGAGUACUCAAAACCAGCUUUUAACGGCUUUCAAACUCAAUUUAUCUCCCUGAAACAGUAGAAGCAAACUUUGCAAGCCUUUAUAGCCAGAUUUACUUUGUAAAGUCAAUUUCAGUGAGAACUCCCACAUUAGAUUGAAAUAAAGUGUGCAGUUUAAGGUAGCCAAGUCGCUUUCCCCCUUUUACGAGCCCCCCAGGGCACACUUUCAUAUAAAUCUCUUCAAUUCUUAUUCUUACGGCUCCAGUAGUUUCCAGACGUACAGAUGAGAUUGCAUUUAUUUUCUGUCACACCCCCAUGGGUCAGUAGGGAAAUCUAUACUUUCUCCUGCUCUUUCCCCCUCCCUGUUAAACGGCUGAAAUAAGCUCUGGGAUCAGGGGCCUUCUUGUUGGGCAGCAGCCACCUCUUAUGGCACCCACAGACACAGAUGAAGAUUUACUGCGUCCCAGGUAAUGGAUUUCUCCUUAAUCGCAUUUGUCAUCGGACUGUAAAAAGUGUCAGGUUCCCUAGGAUGUUGGUGUUGGAGAGACAGAGAGAGCGAGCUGGGCAGGGGGUUAUAGCACUGUAGCUUAAAUAUGAGAAUGAUCCUUUUAGGUGACAUGUUUGUUACCUUGCACCACAGUGUAGGACGCCUCCACAGAGGACAGGUUGGUGAUGACAGUGACGUCAUUGUCCCUGUUGGAGCUCUCCAUGUCGAUGCUGAUUGAUUGGUCUAUCUCCCGGUGUAGGCUGGUCACCACUCCCGUGGGGUAGGUGACGUUAGUCAGACGCCCCUCACUGUCAUACCUGCAUGGGAAGAGUAGGAUGCAGCUGAGUCUAGGGGCCAUGGAGGAAAAAUCCUACAUGUGCUGGAAUGUUUGUCGAAUGUGAGACCGACAGAUGUCUUCUAGUACUCAGAGCAGUACCAGAGUCAGACUCCAGAUGGUGACAAUGUGACAUGACCAUACUGUUGAUUUGACUCAGUGUGGCCUGACAGAAUCCAGACUUCUUUCACUCUCUCUGACUAAUGCAUUAUUUCCACACCAAUAAAUGGCUAUUGCUCCUGUUCUUCACCCCAUAUUAACACACUUCACUGUGAGUUAUAUCACUGAAUACGUUAGGCUAAUUUACAGUCACAUAUACACAUUACACAUUUACAAGUAAAUUCCCACAUACUCAUAAAAGUUUGUCCAUCCAGUCUCGUCAGCCUUGGAGGCCAGCAGGCCUGUGUUUGCAGCAUAGCUCAUCACCGCCACCUCCUGGUUGAGGGCAGAUACGGAGCGCAGGCCGCCGGCAGGGUCCAACCCCAGGGUGACCACCUGGUUCUCAGGCAGCAGCACCAGCCUCAGCUGGCCAGAUCCGUCCCUCCUCACCCUCAGGGUGUUGUUACAGUUAUCAGCCACAGCAGCCAGCUCCCUGUCCGGCCCGUAGGUGAAGUUAUAGAGGGGUUCUCCAGUGAUCAGACUGACUGUCUGUCUGUGGAUCCCAUCUCUACUGAACACAUAGAGCUCCUGCUCCCGUGGCGACCCCACCUCAUACAGCCCCACUGGCGUGGCCACGGGCCUGUCGCGCCGCACUGCCCGCACACGGAUGUUGUUGAGAUCGGCGAUGAACAGCGUGCCAUCGGGAGACACAGCGAGCGAGGAGGGGGCGUUGAGCCCGGCGUCCGUGGCGUAGCCCUCGUCGCCGGAGAAGCACUGGCAGUUGACGUCGUUCUUGCAGUCGCACUCGGAGGUGGCGCCAGCCAGCAGAGAGGUCUCUCCGGAGGCGCUGACCUGCCGCACGCGGUUGAUCUUCUUCUCGUCCGUCUCGGCGAUGUAGAGCACACCAGUGUGGGAGAUGGCGAUGGCCGUGGCGCUCUCCAGGGCAGAGUGGAUGGCCAGCUUGCUCAGGGAGUAGUCUAUGCCCGGAACCUGGCAGUGCAUGGGCCUCCCAGCGAUGAUGUUGACCUGGUGGUUCUCUGUGAUGCGGAGGAUCACGUUGUUCUCCAGCACGUACAGGGAGUUGUCUGUGGGGUUCACUGCCAGGUCUGUGGGCCACUCCAGACGCACCUGGAUCAACAGUUACAUGAGUAAACACAAAUCCACUGGAACUCCAUAGCGCUCUUUAGAUCUCCAAGUCUUUAUCCAAAUGUAUCUCUCACACACACUAUUCAGAAGAGUACAGCUAGGGCAGCUUGGAUAGGUGGGUAUCAAUACUGUCAAUUUAUGACUGCAAAGAGGCAGCACUAUUAUGUUGGACAGUAGUAGAUAUCUCCCUCUAAAGAAAAGCAUCUGUAGUUGGCCAUGCUUAUUGUAUUUGGCCAUAAGACAGAGGGGGGAAAAUAGGACAGAUCGGGAUAUCAUUUAGACUGCAGACUCUCUUCCCACCUGGCUAUUAAGAAAUACAUAUAGCCUCAGCACUACACAUGUUUUCUGCCCCAAACGGCCUGUAAGUCCAACAUAUAAAGAUAUGAAACAUAUCGAUUUUUGGUUCCCCAGGUUUUCUCCUCACCUGACUGACGUCCAUGCUGGAGUCACAGCUGAGUGGACGGACCGCUGUGAGGUCAUUGGUCUUGAUCAGGGUGGAGAUAAUGCCAUUUUGGUCCACCUUACGGAUCAUGGUGGCGUCAACAAAGUACAUGAGGCCGUUCUUAUCCACAGCGAUCCC